GCUGUAUGCCUUUCUUUCUUUUUUAAACACUCCGAAAAAUCCGGAUUACCCAGCACGCAGGCUCUGUACGGUCCUUCCGGUGAAUCCGCCAUUAGAGAAAGCAGGCAUGGCAAUUCGGUACCCUAUGGCCGUUGGCCUUAAUAAAGGCCACCCAGUAACUAAGAAUGUGGCCAAGCCCAAACACAGCCGUAGGAGAGGGCACCUGACCAAGCAGACCAAGUUUGUGCGCGACAUGAUUCGUGAGGUGUGUGGUUUUGCUCCAUACGAGAGGCGGGCAAUGGAGUUGCUGAAAGUGUCCAAGGACAAGCGUGCACUGAAGUUCAUCAAGAAAAGGGUGGGAACUCACAUCCGUGCAAAGAGAAAGAGGGAAGAGCUCAGCAAUGUCCUGGCUGCUAUGAGAAAGGCUGCUGCCAAGAAGGAGUAAGCCUAUUGUACUGGGGAAAAAAUAAAUAUUUCUAUUUCAAAAACAA